AUGGUCUCAUACAAGUUCCUCACACUUGCUAUUGUUUCCUGUGUGGCCCCUGCUCUGGCAGCGGAGAAGGUUACCCUUUACUCACAAGAGCCCUGCACAGGAGACUUAACACAAAUCGAGCCUAACAAUAAAUGUACCCUCAUACCAGAGACAUUGAAGGGCAAAGUAACUGGCGUCAAAGUACCAGAAGAUAUUGUGUGCAACUUUUACAAGGACGAAAAAUGCGUUGAGCCGAUUCUGUACUCAGUGGAGGACCCUGGUAUCUGCAAGUUCAGUGAAUGGGAUACUGCUGAUCAGAAAGUCAGCAAUACAUCAGCGAGUGUUCGGUGCUAUGAUAGCAAUGUCGAGGAGGCGUGA